AUGUCUCUCUCCGCCCGCGCCGAGACGAAUGCUAAACGCACAGGCACCGCCCUGAUCUGGCAGAUCAUCCAGAACCUGUGGGAGCCCACAACUAACCCUUUGGGCUACAUUAGUCUCGGCGUCGCUGAGAACCUUCUUAUGCAUGAUGACCUGCUAGCCCACAUCCACGCCAAUACCAAAGCUACCAGCCAGGCCCUCACCUACGGCGAUGGCACCGGCGGCUCCAAGCGGCUCCGUGCCUCCAUGACCCGAUUCCUAACCAAGCACCUGCGCCCGGUCGAACCCAUCCAGUCUCAGCAUAUUACCGUUACCAACGGCUGCAGCUCCGCCAUCGAGCACAUGUCCUGGGCUAUCGCGAACCCCGGAGAAGGCUUCCUGCUGGGACAGCCGUACUACGGUACCUUCAAGGACGACAUCACGCUGCGGACCGAUGCCCACCUCGUCCCCGUACCCUUCCAUGGCAUCGACCCACUCGGUCGCGAGGCCGUGGCCAAGUAUGAGGAGGCCCUCCUCAAGUCCCAAGAGAACGGCGUCAAGAUUGCGGGGCUUUUGCUGUGCCACCCGCAUAACCCCUAG